AUGGUGGUUCUUCCCAUUGAGUUCAAGAUCAAGACUCUACGAACCACAUUAAAACUUGGUUUGAGUCUCUCUGAUGCUCAACAGGAGUACAUUGCUCAACUAAAUUCUCUUGAUGAACUCUGUCAGGAUGCACUUCUCCACACCGAGAUUGUCCAAAAGCAAUGCACUCUAUGGCAUGAUAAAUAUAUUUGCCAAUGCUCUUUUCAGCCUAGGGAUUGGGCACUUUUGUAUGACUCCCAGUUCCAGGAUUUCAAGGGAAAGUCUUAUACAAGGUGGUUGGGACCCUACAAAGUUGAUCACGUCUAUGAUAGUGGUGUUAUUCAACUCUCCACUAUGGAUUCUGAAUGCUGCAAGCUCCUUGUUAAUGGUCACCGCCUAAAGUUGUAUCAAAAACCUCUUUCAAAGGAAGCCUUCUUUAUUGAUGUAGCUAAGGAACUCACUGUGGUUCCCUUUGGCCUCCUUCAAGAUUGA